AUGGAAGUGGUAAUCAAGAGGCCCUACAUCGAAGUAUUCGAACGGAUACUGAAGCUCUUCACGUCGGUGAGCGAGCACCUGCACCUCCGACUCACGCGCAGCCGGCUGGAGCUGAUCGGCUCCAACAGCUUGACAAACGAGUUGGUAAUCCACGUGGACAAGAAGCUCUUCUCCCUGGGCAGUGUGCGCUGCGAGGAGAAGAGCGCCAGCGGCUCCCUCAGCUCGAAGGACCUAUACCACUGCCUGUUUAGCUACCAAAUAGCGCGCCUGCUGAGGAGUGGCGGUGGGAGAGGUGGAAGCGGUGGCGAUGCUGGCGGUGGAGCUCCCGGUGAUGACAGCGUUAACCGCGUUAACCGCGAUGACCGCGCUGACCGCGCCACCACCGGCGCGGUGUCCAAGCUGAUUCUCAAAUUCAACAAGGGGAACGACACCCUGGAGGUGGCCGUGAAGUUUAAGAAGCGCAAGACGCACUGCAGCGCGGUGCUCAAGCUGAGGCCCUUCUGCAACCCGCUAAAGAGCCACGUGUAUAGGAAUGAAUCCAUCAUACAAGUAGAACCCACUCUCUUUCUAAUAAACUUGAAGGACCUAGCCAACGAAAGAAACGUUUUUCUGAAAAACACAGAUGACUCCCUCAUCCUGAGUGCCAUCGAAACUUCAGAUUUCAGUCUCAACAAGGAAAAAAUAAAAAGGGAGCAUUUCUUUUAUAAUAAUAAAAGCAUAUCCAUCCCGUCCAGCAAAACCAAGUACUUCUUCAAAAACAAAAAAUUUGAGGACCACACAUUGGCGCUUCCCCUCACGGAUUUGAAACUCAUUGUGAAGUUCUGCUCCGACUUGAAUUUGCUGUGCCUGUUUUCCACCAAAAAUUUUAAGGAGAAUGUGGUCAUCUCCUUCGGGGGGGUCAUUCCGCGCAUUUUAGAGAAGAACAGGAGGAGCAUUUGUUCGCGGCGGGAGAUGCGGGAGACGCGGCAGAUACAGCAGAUACCGCAUCUGCGGCAGACCCACUGGGGGGAAGCAACACCCAGGGUAGGGCAUACCGAGGGAAUUUCCAACCACAGCGUGUAUGCGAAGAGCCCCUGCCCAGUCAGAACUCCCCACGCAGAAGGGAAAGAGGAACGGGCACCCCAACCGUGCGUGUUCUACCUCUCCGAUGAGAACGACUCAAGUGAUGAGUACGACUCGGAUGUGGAUGAGAUAGACCAGCAGGCCCUCUACCCUUCACCUGCACGUGGUCAGGCGGAUUGGGGCAACGCUGAUGAGCAGAACUACAACGAUGUCAUAACGGGGCGAAUCCAUUUCACUUCCUACUUCAACAUGUCCUGCAAUUUUAACGACUACAAGCUUAGGGGAGACGACUUGGUUAGGGGAGACGACGUGGUUAGGGAGUGCCUCGCCGGGCCGUCUCCACGCGAGGGGACGGGGGAAAGCCUCCCAGUUAGGAGGGUGGACAUACAAGACAGCAGGGUGGACAUCCAUGAUAGCGGGGCAAACCUCCCAGACAGCAGGGCAGAAACCCAUGAUGGCGGGGCGACCCCCCCGCCUGGCCUCGCGCAAGUGGACCAGCGGCACCUCCCCAUGGGAGAGCGCACACCUGAGCGGCGCGAAGUGAGCACCGGCGAAAACGCCCCAGGGAAGAUGCCAACAGAGCACCCAGAAAAAACAAUCCACCAAACGUGCAACAUAAAAUCGGAGCAGGAACGCCUGAACGGGUCAUACAAAAGGGGCAACCCCACUGAGGAGGACCCCCAUCAUGAAAGCAAAAGUAGAAAAAGGGAACCAGAGGAGAGAGGAGCCUAUCCAGAUCUAAGAGAAGAGGUAGGAGCAUUCACGAAGGAAGCCACUCGGAGGAUUGAACCCCCCAGUGAGGAUCUAAAUUAUGAUGAGUUCAUAAGGGGAAACAAAAAGCAAGAGGACGGCUUCUUCCAAAUGGAGUUACAAAUGAAGCAACUGGAAAGGACUCUCGACAUGGUAGACAGAAUGGAACAGCUAAACCGAGGGAGUGAGAUGGGGGAGAAGGGUGGCAAUCCCUACGUCGCUUCUCCCCCCAACGUGGUGGAUCAAAAAAUGGGAAAAAAAAAAACAGACAAAGCAGAGUGCCCCCCCUCGAAUGUAUGCGAAGCGAAUAAAAGGGGAAGUAACUUGAGGAAGACACCGAAGAGGGGGUGGCUGCCAUCCUGUGAGGGUGACUCUGCGGAAGCAAACACCCGCCAUCCUUUGGACCCCCCUUCGGAAGAAUGCAACUCCUUGGACAGCGAAAAUUUUUACUCUGUCGGUGAGGAAGGGGACUCACCAUCCACCCCAUCAACGCAGACGAAGCAGGAUGAGGAAUGCGAGAGCUACUUCGAUGACGUGUAUGCUAAGUACCAUUGGUGUGACAGCUUGGGCCGCAUUAAGAGGAGGCUCUGCGAGAGGGGCGACCAGGUGAGGACCGGGUGGUACGUCGCACAUCAAAGUUGCAGCCAGGGGAGGGGGGCAGAGAAGCGCCUUCCCCCGCGUGCCUCCAGGAGUUCCCACUAUAGGCGCUUAAGCAAGGACACAGAUGGGGGGGCCCACUCGUGGAGGGGGGAGCAGCAAAGGGAGGGCUUUAGGGAGGAGUGCAUGGAGCUGCGUAGAAAGGAGUGCGUCGAGGGGACCUACCCGUACAGGCUAAGGCAGGACGAGCGAUUUCGCUGCCGCAAGGAUGGGGCGCCCCGGCGGCGCCUCCCCUGGAUGUCGCAGUGA